AUGAGCUUGCAUAGCCUAGUACUAGUUCGAGGAAGACAAAGGAUGUCACUGCCUUUUGCUGUGCUGGUGGUCCUGGUGGCGCUCCUGGCAGGCUCACUAUACGCUGCAGCUGAGGCUGACCCUUACAAAAUCCUUGGGGUAACGAGAAGCGCCAGCCAGGCUGAGAUCAAGAAGGUCUACAAACGCCUUGCAAAAGAAUGGCACCCCGACAAAAACAAAAGCCCAGAGGCAGAGGACAUGUUCAUCAAGAUCACAAAGUCUUAUGAGAUCCUAUCCAGCGAGGAGAAGCGCUCCACCUACGACCGAUACGGACAGACGGAUGACACCCAGCCCUACGGCCAGUACCGCCAUCGCCACAGCCACUUUGACUUUGACGAGGCCUUCUUCAACUUCCCAUUCAACAAGAACAGCCGGGACUUCGCCGACGGCAAGUAUGCACUACACUUCGACCAGUACGUGAACAACGUGGUACCUGGCAGCUUCAAGAGGCCCUACCUGGUCAAGAUUACCUCAGACUGGUGCUUCAGCUGCAUCCACAUCGAGCCCGUCUGGAAGGAGGUGGUGCAGGAGAUGGAGACGCUAGGCGUGGGCAUUGGCGUGGUGGACGUGGGCUAUGAGAGGCGUUUGGCUAACUACCUUGGAGCCCACCGCACGCCUUCCAUACUGGGGGUCAUCAACGGCAAGGUCACGUUCUUCCAUUACGCCGUGGCCAAGGAGCUCCUCAAGCAGUUUGUGGAGGACCUGCUUCCACAGAGGCUAGUGGAGAAGGUCACUGAUAAGAACCAGCUAGAAUUCCUAAACAGCUGGCAAGAGAUCAACAAGCCACAUGUGCUCCUUUUUGACCAAGUGCCUGCAGUCCCUCUACUGUUUAAGCUGACAGCAUUUGCCUACAAAGACUACCUGCAGUUCGGCUACGUUGACCAGGGCAUCUCAGACACGGCCGAUCUGCUGAAACAGUUCAACAUCAACACCUACGCCCCCACAAUGUUGGUCUUUAAAGAGAACAUAGACAAGCCAGCGGACAUCAUACAGGCCAAGGGAAUGAAAAAGCAGAUCAUUGAUGAGUUCAUGUCCAACAAUAAAUUCCUCCUGGUUCCACGCUUGGUCAACCAGAAGCUCUUCGAUGAGCUCUGUCCUGUGAAACAGUUCCACCGACGCAGAAAGUACUGUGUGCUGCUGUUGACCAGCGACGAGGAGUCCUUCUCUCCCGGGAACCAGGCCUUCCUGUCCUUCGCCUCCACCAACACAAGGGAGGUGCUGCGCUUCGCCUACGUCUACCAGAGGCAUCAGCAGCCCCUGUGUGACGUCCUGACGCAGAGCAAGGAGACACCCUGGUUCUCACAGGUGGUGAUCCUGGAGAGGCGCAACGCUGCAGGGAAGACCCUGUACAAGCCGGUGACGGCGUGGAAUGGCAGCGAGGAGGACCAGCAGGCGCUGGUGGACGAGCUGGACCGCCUCCACAAGGACCCGUCCAUCCUCAACUACGACGCAACGCUGCCCCAGCUCAAUAACGAGUUUGCAUCGAUGUUUAUUAUCCGAUGGGUCUACUCUUCCUAUGAUUAUCUAACGGAAGUCGUGGAUGAUAUUUUGCAUAAUAACUGGCGAGAGAUGAUGCCCCUUGUGUCUUUGAUCUUUUCCGCCCUGUUCAUCUUGUUUGGAACUGUGGUCAUCCAGGCUUUUAGCGACUCGAGUGAGGACAAGCAGACCAAACCUAAAGGAAAGGACGGACUAAAAGCAGAAAACGGCUCCCCGGGAGGUGCAUCCAGGCCUCCUAAAAAGAGUUUUGUGGAGGUGACGGAGCUAACAGACAUCACGUACACCAGUAACCUCGUGAGGCUGAGACCAGGACACAUGAACGUGGUGCUGGUCCUCACACACGCCUCUAAGAACAUUCUCCUCAGCAAGUUUGCCAAAGAGGUGUACUCCUUCACGGGGAGCGUGACGCUGCACUUCUCCUUCCUGAACAUGGACAAGCACAGCGAGUGGAUGCACUCCCUGCUGGAGUAUGCACAGGACGCCCUGCGGCACGACGCCCACGACGACCACCAGGCGGCCAACCGCAGGGCGGACUACACCGGCUACGUGAUGGCGCUCAACGGCCACAAGAAGUACCUGUGCCUCUUCAGGCCCGUGUACACUGGCGAAGACCCCGACGCCAAGUCUUCCGAGGACGAAUCGGGAGCGGGAACGGGAACGGGCGGGGGGGCGACGGCGUCCAGCAGGUCGAGGCCCGGUUCCCGCGACGACCACCCGCCACCGCGCAAGUCCUACCGCUCGCGCUCCGUGUCCACCCUGCAGAUCCACCACAAACUGGACCGGCUGGGGCUGUGGAUGGAGAGGCUGAUGGAGGGGACCCUGCCUCGCUACUACGUCCCCGCCUGGCCCGGACUGGACAAGAUCACCCCUGGGAAGUAGGACCGGGCACAUCAUCCUCAUCCUCUUCAACGCCCUUUUCCGCCCUGACGCUGAAGAGGUCCGCCUCACGUUGGGUAGGAGUAAAGCCUCCAAGAGGGUCUUUGGUUCCGUUUUGUACUUUGAAUGACCGAUUUAUUUAUUUAUUCCGACCUACUUACGUGCUUUGAAACUGCGGUUGGUUAAAUGUUGAACGUACAAAUACUGUGGGACAAGUACACGCAAAGCAUGCUACUAGAUCUCACCAGUUUUGUUGUUUUGGUACUUAUUAUUUAUACUUAUUUACACUUUUUAGGUCAAUGCUGCUGCUAUAGCCUUUAAAACCAGAAAACAAAUCACUGUGGUCAACUCGUUGUAUUUGCCUCCAUAAUGAUUACAUUACAUCAUAAAAACAUAUUACAUAAUAUCAUAAUCAAAACAAAUAUUAUAGGCAAGAUUUUCUAUCUGUCUUAGUCUUGAAUGAAGAAAACUGUGAAUGGAGAUGCAUGUCUCUUGCACUAGCCUUUUUGCAUUUUUUUGGCAUUUCUUUGAUCAGAUUUCCUGAAUGCGGAUUUUCCCUGCCUGUGCAAUAUAGCGGUUGCUGUUAACGACAAUGCCUUCAUAUUACCCUAGGCUUGGCAUUAUCGAUGAUCAUCCUGAUGGAUCACAAAAAAUGGACAAUAUGUAGACAGUGUUUCGUCUGUUUUGUUAAGUAGAAGCUAUGACAUGAAAUGAUGACUAAUGGCACUGGCCGUGCAUUUCAUUGUCGCAAAACUUUUCAAAGUCUUCGAUAAUCUGGCAUGUACAAACACGUUCAUGUUAAAUGAAUUAGGCAAAGAAAACAUUCAUUUUUUGUGUGCUCUUGCAAAUGUGUACCCCUAUAAUGUCGUUAUUGUCAAUACUGUGAACUGUAGAUAUUGUACAUAUUUAUCAAACCUAUAGAUCGGUAUUUUAAAGGGAAAAAAAAUCUGUGAUAUGAAAGAUCAGUUCAUGUUUUACAUGGAUUUAUUAUCAAGAUGUGGUUAUUGUUUUAUAGUGCCCAUAAACAUUGUCUUUUGGUAUUAUAACUAUUAAAUGAAAUGUAAAAGGCAUCGAUGAGUUUAAUUUGAUUAGUCUCAGAUUGUGCAUAUAUUCUCUUGCUGGUCAUAAGCAAUGCUUUCUAAUUUUACAUUUAUGAUUUAGUGAAAAGGUAUUUAUUCCACAAAAAUCUCACACCUUCACACUUCACAUUGAAAUUUGUGUUGAUUUGAUGAAAUGUAGAAGAAGGAUUCAGAAUGUAUUAUUUUGGGUAAUAUUUAGUUUUCGGCAGCACACACAUCAUUUCAAAAAGCAAAUUUGCGGCAGUCAGCGCUGUAUUUCCUGUUGAACAAACAUGCAUACAAACACAAAUAAAUAUCAGUUUAUUUCAUGGAA